AUGGAGUCCCGGGUUACAAAGAAUGUCUUCUGCACAUAUGCAGGGGACGAAAGCGAAGCCGAUACAACUAUCUUUUUCAUUUCGGGGAACCCCGGCUUGAUCAGCUACUACCACCCCUUCCUGUCUUUGCUAGCGAAACACCUAGCAGCAGACCAGGGUGAAGAAGAAGAAAAAGAAUGCUCUACCCCGAAACCAGUGUCACAAACUUCAUUUCGGAUCUACGGGUGCAGUCUUGGCGGGUUUGAAAUAACCGAACAGAGUCAGAACCAUCGUUCAUCCGAAGAAUCUUCCUCGUCUCCCAAUGGCCGCCAGAACAAGAGUAAGAGUAAUGGGGAAAGCCGCGAACUCUACAACCUGGAAGAACAAAUUUCUUUUGUUCAGGGGAAGUUAAACCAGUUGAUGCGGAAUAUUUCCUCUGGGAAGAAGCAGAGGGUUAUCUUGAUUGGACAUUCUGUCGGGACGUACAUGGCCCUGGAAAUUCUGAGACGACACCGUGAAACUAUGACAGAGUCUCAAUCUGAUGGGACAGACAAUACCCCUGACUUCGACAUUAUUGGCGGCAUCAUGCUGUUUCCGACGGUGAUGGAUAUCUCUGCUUCUCCUUCGGGACAAAAAUUGACGACCCUUCUCUCGAUUAUCCCGCAAUUUGCCCUGGUUGUGAGUUUCUUCGCUCGACUCCUCACCUUCAUUCUCCCGGACUCGAUCUUGAAAAGCGCCAUUCGGGCAGUGAUGAGAAGCCCACCACCACACGCUCUCGAAACGACAUUUACUUUCUUAAAGAGUCCAGGUGGCGAUACGACAGGCUCUGUAAGUCUCUUUGUUCCCAAUAUAUUGAUUUCUUGCGAAACUGACGAUACCGAUCAUCUUAGACAUAUGGCUGCUGACGAGAUGUCCUCUAUCACGACCGAUAAAUGGACGGAUGAUGUUUGGGGUGUUUCUUCCACUCGCGACCCUGUCGCUAAGCUAUUCUUCUACUUUGGACGGAAUGACCAUUGGGUUGCGGAAAAGACCCGGGAUGAGAUUAUUGCAUUAAAGGGGUGUAAGGAUGGGCUUGGGCCGAAGAUGUUCGUUUGUGAAGAGGGGUUGCCGCAUGCCUUUUGUUUGAGUAAGUUUCGCCUUCGUGUUGUUACCAUCAUCUUGUGGCGCUCGGUAGAAUCCUGCUGA